GUCAGUCAGUUACCUUCACUAGGGUAAUAAGACAUCGCAUAUGAUCAAAACUAACAAGCAACUAGUCCAUUCAACAAAAAAAGGCUUUUUUUGACUUCACUUCGACACGUAUUCAAAAAACCCAAACCAUUACCUGUACCCACACCCGUUCCUUCUGUUCAAUCCCAUCAUGGGAAACAAAGACAAGAUUUAUUUUCAUGGAUGGAAGAUUUGUCUGACCAACAUAUUGCUUCUUAUAUUCAAUCUGAAAAUGAAUAUACUCGUCGAUGUAUGCGUCAACACAAGUUCCUUCAAAAGAUUGUAUUGCAAGAAAUGAAACGUAAAUUACAUGUACCUCAUGCAUUACCGCCUCUCAAGACAACCACGCAUGGAUACGAGUAUUAUUCCAAGACAUCUGCUUAUGGGAUGGUUUAUUUGAGAAAGAAAUUAGGCCAAGAGACAGAGCAAGUAUUAUUAAAUACAGGUUUCCUGAGAUCCAUGAAUAUGUCUGUUCGCAAAGUAUUAUUGUCACCAGAUCAUUCUAUCUUUGCUUAUCAUACAGAGCGAGAAGGUAUUGAAUACGGCGAAUUACAUUUUAAAGACUUGAAUGAUCGUCCACCUUGGGAGAUAUUAGAGAAUGUCUUUAAUUUUGUAUGGGCUCAUGAUCAAAUGGUAUACUAUACAGUCCCUAAUGCACAAUUAAGACCCUAUCAAGUCUAUGCUCAUCGUAUGGGUACUGAACAAUCAAAUGAUGUAUUGGUCUAUGAAGAACUAGACGAUACAGUCUUUGUAGACAUUACCAGUUCAAAAGAUGGUAAAUACGUCACUAUCAAUGCAAACACACUCUCUUCUUCAGAAGUCAGAGUGAUUCGUACUGAUCCUGAUGUUGAGCCUUGUGUUCAACUGGUGGAACCCCGUAUGCCUGGUGUCGAAUAUUACGUAGACCAUCAUCAUGAUACUUUUUAUAUUUUGACCAAUGCAGAUGGUGCUACUAAUUUCAAAUUGGUACAAACACCCGAUCAUGCAUUAAGCAAACACCAUUGGCAGGAUGUGAUUACCAUGAGACCCACUGAGAAAAUAGAAGAUGUGGAUCUUUUUCAGAAUCAUGUUGUCGUGUAUGGUAAAAGAGAUGGUUUACCCAUGAUCCUCUGUCAUAAUCUAGUAUCCAAAGAGACACACCAAGUGAAGUUGCCAGAAAAAUUUUGUGUUCUUUAUCCUGGCACUAAUCUUGAUUUUAAUACAGACACAUUUCGAUUCUCGAUUCAAUCCCCUUUUACGCAUGAAUCUACAUUUGAAUAUGACAUGACAACAAAAAAGUUGCAUCCUGUUCGCGUUCAGUCCAUCAAAAAUUUCGAUCGAUCAAAGUAUAUGUGUAGUCAGGUCCAUGUCGAGGCCCAUGAUGGUAAACGCAUCCCUGUCACUUUGUUGCAUAAAAAGAACUUGGAGCUGAAUGGAAGAAACCCAGUCUUGAUGCGGUCUUAUGGUGCUUAUGGUACUUGCACAGACAUUGAAUUUAGAGUAGAACAGUUUCCCUUGUUAGAGCGUGGAUGGGUCAUUGCUUUAGCCCAUGUCAGAGGUGGAAGCGAAUUAGGCAGAGAUUGGUAUGAAGAUGGCAAAUUAAGCAAGAAGAUGAAUAGCUUUAAAGACUUUAUUUCAGUGGCAGAACAUUUAGUGGAUUCUAAAUUGACUUGUCCUGAUUCUUUAGCAGCCAUGGGUACGAGUGCAGGUGGUUUAUUAGUGGGAGCCAUGUUGCAUAUGCGACCUGAUCUGUUCAAGGCACUUGUGUUAAAAGUGCCAUUUGUAGACCCACUUUCUUGCAUGCUAAACCCAUCUUUGCCCUUGACUCAGAUCGAGUAUCCUGAAUGGGGCAAUCCCACCACAGAUCCAGAAGCCUAUGAUUUGAUCUCUGCUUAUUCGCCUUAUGAAAACAUCACGCCUGCUUUAUGUCAAUCAGCCUCAUUGCCUUCUGUCUAUAUGACAGGUGGCAUGAAAGAUCAGCGUGUUGCGUAUUGGCAACCCCUUAAAUUAGUGGCUCGUAUGCGACAUUAUGGUUACCCUAAGUCUGCCUUACUCAAGAUAGACUUGGACCGAGGUCAUUUUGGAGGUGGUAUGGCAGAACAAGACAGUCAAUUGUCCAAUGUAGCUGAACAAGUGGCCUUCUUAAUCUCUCAAAUACAAAAAUCAUAAAAAUUGUUUAUUA